AUGGCUGCCGCGCAAGAUGUCCCGAUGGACCUGCCCAUAAUCGACCUCGAUGUCUUCCUCAACGAGCCGCGCGACUCGCCCGCCGUCCGCGACGAGUGUGCGAAGGCCGCCACUGCCCUCAUCACCUACGGCGCUCUCGUACUGCACGACUCUCGCGUCGCGGAAUCCGACAACACCACCUUCCUCGACCUCCUCGAGGACUAUUUCGCACUGCCGACCGAAGAACUCAAGAAGGAUGAACGCCCGGAGCUCAGCUACCAGAUCGGCGUGACGCUCGAGAACACGGAGAAGCCCAAGUGCGCCGUCGACGAGCCCUGCCUGCAGGUCAUCGAGCGCCUUGCGCCUUCAGAGCGCCCGCUCGAUAUCGGCGGUCACCAACCCGACCCGAAGUGCCGCUUCUUCUGGCGCAUGGGCGAGAACCCGCCGUACGAGACCGAGUUCCCCGGGCUCAACGCCCCCAACGUUAUCCCGGAAGCCCCUCACAUUCGCGAGCGCUGGCCGUCGGCUAUGGACAAGUGGGGGACGUCCAUGAAGCAGGCCGUCACUGGCCUGGCUGAGAUGGCGGCAGUCGGUCUCGGUCUCCCGGCCGACACUUUCAGCAACGCCGCCAAGUACGGACCGCACCUCCUGGCACCGACAGCCUCGGAUCUGGUCAAGUACGGCAAGCAAGACACCAUCCUUGCCGGCUUCCACACGGAUCUCAACUUCCUCACCAUCCACGGCCGCUCCCGAUACCCAGGUCUUCACAUUUGGGCCCGCAACACUGGCAAGAAGAUUUCGGUCAAGAUCCCAGAGGGCAACUACCUCCUGGUCCAGGCGGGCAAGCAGUUGGAGCACUUCACGGGGGGCCUAAUCAAGGCGGGCUUCCACGAGGUCGUGGUGAACGAGAAGACGCUCGACGUGAUUGAGCGCCGCAAGACCCAGUUCCCCGACCGCCCGCUGGUCCGCAUCUCGUCGACCUUCUUUUACCACUUGUCGUCCGAUCAUGACAUCACACCGAUUCCUCAACUGGCGGAGCAGGCGCAGAAGUUCAGGGCCGAGCAGUUCAACCUGGGCAAGGACGAAGGGGAGGAGGCUGUGUAUCCGCCGAUGAAGGUCGGGCAGCAGGUGCAAGAGUAA